AAUCUGAAGCCGUACUUUAUAUUUAUUCCAAAGAAAAGGACGCAAUUCAUUAAUAGAGCCAAAACCAGGGACUUAUAAGUGCAAAUUCCAAUAAUUAUCUGGCAACAAAAAUAAUGUUAGCUUAGCUGCAAGGGAAAAAAACUGUGCUUUGAGGACCAAAUCCUAUCUCCCCAAACCCUAACCAUGACCUGAUCCCAAAAAUACUCAAACUUCCAUCUUCAUCCCUCCACCGUCCGAUCAAAACCCCAUCACAAAAUAAUAUAAUUACGAAAGAAAUCAACGAAAAGCUCAACUGCUGGACGAUGCCGUUCCACGGCGAUCUGGACCGUCAGAUCGAGCACUUAAUGCAGUGCAAGCCGCUAUCGGAGGCGGAGGUGAAGACUCUGUGCGAACAGGCACGUGCGAUCCUCGUGGAGGAGUGGAAUGUUCAGCCGGUGAAGUGUCCCGUCACCGUCUGCGGUGAUAUCCACGGCCAAUUCCACGAUCUCGUCGAGCUGUUUCGCAUCGGUGGCAACGCUCCCGACACUAACUAUCUCUUUAUGGGCGAUUACGUAGAUCGAGGAUAUUACUCUGUGGAGACUGUCACUCUUUUAGUUGCUCUGAAAGUUCGUUAUAGAGAUAGAGUAACUAUUUUAAGGGGAAAUCAUGAGAGCCGCCAGAUAACUCAAGUGUAUGGCUUUUAUGAUGAAUGCUUGAGAAAAUAUGGAAAUGCUAAUGUAUGGAAGUAUUUCACUGACCUCUUUGAUUAUUUACCUCUGACCGCCCUGAUUGAGAGUCAGAUAUUCUGCUUGCAUGGUGGACUCUCACCGUCUUUGGAUACAUUAGAUAACAUCCGCGCUCUGGACCGUAUACAGGAGGUUCCUCAUGAGGGUCCAAUGUGUGAUCUCUUAUGGUCUGAUCCUGAUGACCGAUGUGGAUGGGGAAUAUCUCCUCGGGGAGCGGGGUAUACCUUUGGACAGGAUAUUUCUGGGCAGUUCAACCACACGAAUGGGCUCACUCUGAUUUCUCGAGCUCACCAGCUUGUUAUGGAAGGAUAUAAUUGGUCCCAGGACAAGAAUGUGGUAACAGUGUUUAGCGCUCCAAAUUACUGCUAUCGCUGUGGAAAUAUGGCUGCAAUACUUGAGAUUGGGGAGAAUAUGGAGCAAAGUUUUCUUCAGUUUGACCCAGCUCCACGUCAGAUUGAACCUGAGACCACGCGCAGAACCCCGGACUAUUUUUUAUAAUUCCAUUUACUUACCUCCUGGAAAAUUUUCAUGUUUCCUGUCGUGUUUUUGUAGAUGUGUCUUACAAGUUGGGGGAGUUCGGAGGGACAAAAGAAACCAUUGUUUUUGUCAUUCUUUCGGUUGUUCUGGUGCUGCAUUCGUACGAGUCUAUAGGGUUAAUUUAUAGAAGGCUUUUUUGUCUUGUAUUCUAAGGGGUGAAGGGAGUAGAAAAACAAGGGAUUUUUUUUUUUUGUUCUUGCUGCAUUACGAGUUUAAAUCACCAGGGGUGACAAAAGCGCAUGUUCCAAUUUUUAUUCUUGUAAAUGUUGAUUAUAUGUGAGAGCUGUUUCUUGUGGUACUUCCCUUCCCAAACAAAGUGGAUUGUAUCUUCAACUUGGAAGAACAAAGUCACUUCCUUGGUCAAUGCAUUCUCCUGAAUGGAUGGUUCAGUUUUUCUGUUUGUUCUAGUAGGUGAUGCCAACUUGAGCUGGUGGGUUUUGGAGAAUGAACCAUAAAUCCAUUAGUGUUACUCGGAAAUGAAGGGAGGGGAAAGUUUUCCUAAUUGCUUUUUUACAUUUUUGUCUAUUAACUUCUCAAUUCUCUAUUAAUUAUAUUUACCAAUCCAUGAUAUUGAUUUUUGUAGAUUUAGAGAGAAAGUGAGAGUGUUCACU